GGGACCUGCUCUGCUCUGCUCUUGUCGUAUCUCCCCCGGACCUGUUUUCACUCUUUUGCGGACAUUUGGGCACAUAAGACGCUCCCUAGACUAUAGAGCACAACUCUACGAUCGUCUAUAGACAAAUACACAUGUGGCCCAUCUCGCUACCCCGCAUUUUCCCGGCCGUGCACUGUGACGCCGACAGCACCGGAAGCACUGUUGCAGGCGCGGCCAUAAACACAGUCAAGAACGUGGUCUCCGUUCAGGAAACGGAGCUCAAGCGAUGGCGUCGGACUUUCGAGUCGAACGCGAAGACUGAGGUUAACGGCGAGAAGUACUUGUCACCAGACCAGUUUGUGGAGGCGAUAGCACCUGCCGGAGAUGCCAAGAUCGCGCGAAGCCAAUUCGCAACCCUUUUUCGUGUGGCGGACACGUCAAAGCGUGGUCUUGUAUCUUGGGACGACUUCGUGGUCUUCGAGACGCUGCUGAAGCGACCAGAUGCCGACUACUGGAUCGCUUUCCAGUACUUCGACGUCGAUGCGUCCGGCACUAUCUCGUUUGACGAACUCAAGAAUGUUUUUCUGGCGAAUGUGGGCCCGGAUGCAAUACCCUUCAAUUUUGACUGCGAUUGGAUGCAGCUCUAUCUGGGCAAAAAGGACGGGAGGCAUGUGCUUGGCUACAACGAGUUCACGCAAGUAAUGAAGGGUCUUCAAGGCGAGCGGUUGCGGCAAUCCUUCAAUUACCUUGAUGCCGACAAAGACGGUUUCAUCAAGCCUGAUCAGUUCAAGCGCAUCGUACUGGAAAUUGCAGGCCACAAACUCUCCGAUGCAGUGUUGGAAAGACUUCCAACGUUAACCACUAUCAGUCCCGGAGGCCGUAUAUCUUAUUCAGAGGUCGUUGCUUUCUACAACGUGAUCAGAGACAUGGAUAUGAUCGAGCGUGUCAUCCGGGAUGCUACAGCGAGAUCAAAGGAUGGUCGUAUAGAUCAAUCCGACUUCCUCAACCACGCGCAAUCCAGCACUCGUUACUCGCUGUUCACUCCGAUGGAGGCGGCUAUCAUCUUCCAUUUUGCCGGCCGCGGCAACGGCGCUCAACGGCUGUCCCUCUUGGACUUCGGGCAGUUGCUUGAUCCGCGGUGGCAUGCUCCGGGAGAGCAAAUCGAAGUCAAAGCAGCCUCCGCUACGUCAUUCUUGCAUCAAGUCGCACAUUCUGUGUAUAAUUUCGGGCUUGGAGGCAUCGCUGGUGCAUGUGGUGCAACUAUUGUUUACCCUAUCGAUCUCGGUGACAUGCAGAACCAACGAUCUACCGUCGUUGGUCAACUUCUGUACGAGAACAGUAUAGAUUGCGUUCGCAAAGUCUUCCGCAAUGAAGGUUUCGUCGGUUUUUACCGUGGCUUGGGACCCCAACUUGUGGGAGUCGCUCCAGAGAAGGCCAUCAAGCUGACUGUCAAUGACCUUAUCCGCGGGCGUGCCAUGGACCCAGAAACGGGGCGUAUAACGCUGCCUUGGGAACUGGUGGCGGGUGGAAUGGCUGGGGGCUGUCAAGUGGUUUUCACCAACCCUUUGGAAAUUGUUAAAAUUCGUCUGCAAGUUCAGGGCGAAGCCGCGAAAAUAGAAGGCGCCAAGCCAAAAGGCGCUGUGCAUAUCAUCCGUCAACUUGGUUUAUUGGGGUUAUACAAAGGGGCAAGCGCUUGCUUGUUGCGCGACAUCCCGUUCUCCGCAAUCUACUUCCCCGCGUAUGCACAUCUGAAGAAGGAUUUUUAUCACGAGGGAUAUAAUGGUAAACACCUCUCUUUCUGGGAAACGCUCUCCGCGGCGGCGAUCGCAGGAAUGCCUGCUGCCUACUUCACGACGCCAGCGGACGUGGUGAAGACUCGCCUGCAAGUGGAAGCCCGCAAGGGCCAGUCCACUUACAAGGGCAUGGGUGACGCAUUCGCCAGAAUAUACCAAGAAGAAGGUUUCAAGGCGUUCUUCAAGGGUGGCCCGGCGCGUAUUUUGAGAAGCAGCCCGCAGUUCGGCUUCACCCUGUUGGCUUAUGAGUAUUUGCAGAAGUUCUUGCCGUACCCGUGGAAAGAAAGUCCGAAACAGGUCGAGACGGCUCUCACGUCGCGGCCUGAAGAUCUCUCACAGGUGCGGGCUCGCAAUGCACUCAAGAUUCUGCUAGAUGUCCAUGGGGACUUCGGCCGCUACGAGCGGCAGCGGUCAGGAAUUGCAUCCUCGGCAAGGGGAUCAUCAAUGUUCGCUGCGUGAGGUCUGGGCGCCGGAUGAUUGGCUGUAUAGCAUCACGUAGUUCCAGAGCCAAUACGAUCCUUGCUUUGAAACGAUCUGCUACGAGGAGCCGGGUCGGCGAUUGGCCCUUGGCAGUCGGGGCCAAUGGCGCGCUUCGUCGGGCUGCUGUGUUGUUGCGUCGCAACCCCAUCGCCCAUCUCGGGGAACAGCAGAUUGAU